UCAUGAUUUUACUAUCAACUACAACAAUUUAAUUAUGUACACAACUGUCUCAAUUGCAUUAAUAAGCCAGUAGCCUUGAAGUUUGCUCGUAAAGUGUUUUACUAAAUAGUUGUGUGUUGGUAAAAAUCAUCGCUUACAAAGUUAACCUCUAAUGCGCUAUGUAGGUUACCUUAGCGAUAAGUUCAAAAACCAGGUGCAUAAAAAUAACAAUAGACAACAGAUCAACAGAAAGUAUCUAUUUAAAAAGGUUUCAAGUUCGAGAACAUCAAUCAAUCAAAGUUAUUAGUGAAGUAGUAACACAACAGAAAUCAUGGACGAACAGAAACUGGAACCACAACCAGAAGACAACGAUUCUGUGAAAGUGUACAAAUAUAGAUGGGUCAUACUGUUAAUUUUUUGUCUCUACUCGUCGGUCAACUUCUUCCAGUUCCUUCAGUAUACCAUCAUUUCAAACAUUACCACAAAAUACUACGAUGUAGACAGUACCCUCACAGACUUAACCGGUUUAGUCUUCAUGAUCUGCUUCAUCGUCUUCUGCCUCCCUAUCAACUACAUCAUCGAAAAAUUCAAUUUAAGGAUCACGGCUAUAGUGAGUACUGGCAUGACCGCCCUAGGCAGCCUAAUCAAGCUCCUCUCGGCAUCACGGGAUCGUUACUACGUUGUCUUGAUUGGUCAGAUUCUAUGUGCGAUAGCCCAGGUUUUCAUGCUGAGUAUCCCCUCCAAGCUAGCGUCAACGUGGUUCGGUGCUGAAGAGGUAUCCACAGCAUGUGCUAUCGCUAUUUUAGGGACUCAAAUAGGGGUGGCCAUGGGGAGCAUUUUUGGAUCACAUGUUGUGAAAAAUAGCGACAAUAUGGACGACAUAGGACACGAUUUUCUUAUAAUGGUGAUUAUUAAUGCGUCAAUUACUGUGGCGGUUUUAGUUUUGGUUUUAAUAUUUUUUAGGGCGAAACCACCUCUUCCUCCAAGUCAAUCGCAAGUUUGUAUUGUGGAAGUGGAGACACCUUCAACUUGGGAGCUUUUGAAGGCGAUGGCUACGAACAGAGAUUAUAUAUUAUUGGGGGUGGCGUUUGGGGGAAGUAACGGACUGUAUACUGCGUUUGGGAUUAUUCUAAAUCCUGUCUACCUCAAGUAUUUUCCGGGUUAUGAAAGUGAAAUUGGAAUAAUUAGUGCCAUAGCCAUAGCCGCAGGAGGAUGUUUAGGUAGCGUGGUUUUCGGUUAUGCCCUCGAUAAAUGGCACCACUUCAAACUGACUUCCUUUUUCGUUAUUUUCUUGUCAGCAAUUACUUACAUUUUCGUUGCUAUUUCUCUAGAGUUAGAAAGUCAGUUAGCAACCUAUUUCACAAUUCCAAUAUUUGGGUUCUUCAUAGCAAGCACUUUACUUGUAGGCUUCGAAUUUGCGACAGAAGUCAUGUAUCCAGUACCAGAAGCAGCUGCUUGCUCAGUCUUGACUUCUGUUAUUUAUUUAUUUACAAUAAUAUACACUCUCAUUUUCGAUGCUUUACUUGAAGCCGUAGAUUACAAAAUAGUACAUGCCAUAAUUUUUGUAGUGUUAAUAAUUUAUUCUAUAAUUAUUUAUUUUGUAAGACCAACGUUGAGGCGAAGAGAAGCCAACGUAAGAAAUUAAAGAAUCCUGUUACAAA